UGAACACCAAGUGGACAUAAUUAUACAUAUGUGCAUUGUACAAUGCACGUGCUUUUACACAUGAAAAUUUGUGUAUUAAGUGAUUCAGUUUUAACUGACUUCAUCACAAUUACUUGAACAUUAGCACAAAUUAAGGAACAUAUAAUAAAUUUUGUACUUAAUACUGGAGAAAGUGUGCGUAUUUUUCUUUUGAGUCAUAACUUACAAAGGAGGUUAAGAGAACAAGUUAUUGUCUUUAUAUGGAAUUUUAAUAAGAUAGCUGAAAGAAUUAUUAACAACAAAUUACACUGGACAACAAUUAUUUUUGUGAUGCUACAAUUAGCUCAUCGUGUCUGCCUUCAUUGUAUAAAUACUGCACAUAUACGCAUUCGAUUUAGUAACCAUAUAGCUAAGUGUCCAUCUUUUUAUAACAAUAUCGUAGCCAUGCAACAAAAAAAGGCCAUUAAAAAAUUGUGUGGUUUCAAUAGUAAAGCAACAUUACAAGUUGUUGGAAGUGGAGCUUUUGGAUCACCAAGUUCUAUAUUUCUAUCCACUGACCAUACCAAUUAUCUAUUUAAUUGUGGUGAAACUACACUACGACUAUUGCAAGAACAUCGUUUAAAAGUAGUUAAACUGGAACAUAUAUUUAUAACAACAUUUAAUUGGAGUAACAUUGGAGGACUAGUGGGUAUAUUAUUAACACUACAAGAGGCCGGUGUGGAUGAAAUAAAAAUUCAUACAUUUGGUGAAAUAAUUGAGUUUCUAAAUUCAGCCAAGUUAUUUGUAUAUCUUCCGAAGUUAAAAGUUUCUUAUGCUCCCAUUAAUGAAUUAGAACCAUACAAUGAUGAUCUAGUAACUAUUGAGUAUGUUUCUAUAGCAAAACAUUCAAACAAUCCAGAAACCUGUUUUUUGAAUGAAACUGAAAAAGAUCAGUGUUAUUUGAAUGUUAAUGGAAAGAGAGUUAUUGAUACUACAAAAACAGAGGAAAACUCAAUGAAAAUAGAAAAGAAAUUAAAAACUGAUAAAAAUAUAUUAUGUUAUAUUUGUGAAGUUAAACCGAAACGUGGAAGGUUGUCAGUUGAAAAGUGUUUGGAAUAUGGUGUGAAAGUUGGUCCACUUUAUAGUAUAUUGAAGAAAGGAUUAGAUGUUGUAACGGAGGGUGGAAAAGUUGUUACUAGCAAAGAUGUGUGUAUGCCAGAUGGCCCUAAAUUCUCGUUUAUUGUGGUGGAAUGUCCUGAAGAGGAAUACUUGGAAUCUCUUGUGAACCAUCCUAAAUUCUUAAAGUAUCAAAAUGCAACACCAACAGAAGGGGACAAACUUGUUUGCGUAUUCCAUAUUACACCGGAUAAUAUUUUUAAUAACUCAAGGUAUCAGGACUGGAUACAAAAGAUUUCACCAGAUACACAACAUGUAAUACUAAAUAGUGAAAAUUUUUGUAUGGGUAAUGCGGCUGUCUAUAAGCAACAGUUUUUAUUUAAUAUGAUACAUCCUGAAAUAUUUCCUUUACUAAGUGAAGAUAGCCUGAGAGAAGACAAAGAAACCAACAGUAAUAAUAUUCAACGUGGAAGAACAUUGCAAACAUUGAAAAUUCAUCCAUACCAUGAAGAACUUUGGACACCUAAAAUUUAUUCAGAGGCACAAAGGUACAUUGAUGAAGUUUGUCAGAUCGACGGAUUUCUAGAUGUAAUGAGUAAUUUAAAAGGACAAAUUAUUGAGAAAACAGCAAAACUUGGGUUAAAUAAUGCAUAUGAAUAUCCACGAAUUGUUAUGUUGGGUACUGGUUCUAGUGUACCAAAUAAAGUAAGAAAUACAAGUGCCAUUUUUCUAAGAAUUACUGAAAAUAAUAGCAUACUGUUGGAUUGUGGAGAAGGCACUGUUGCUCAGUUUGUUCGAUUUUAUGGGAAUUCAAAAGUUAAGAACAUCUUACGCAGUCUCAAGGCUAUUUAUAUAUCACAUAUGCAUGCAGAUCAUCAUAUGGGUCUUAUUAGUUUAUUACAAGCGAGAGAAAAAGUCACAAAUGAUAAAAUAUACAUAAUAGCACCAACACAAAUUCAACAAUGGUUAAGCCAUUACGAACAGAUUGAACCUAUUUCACAUUUAUACACUGUAAUAAACAACGUUGAUUUUCAUGUAAAUGGCCAUCGAUUAGCCAAAUACUUUGAAAAGAUGUUUUACAGUUCGCUGAAUAUUAAAGAAAUGAAUACCGUUUUUGUCAAACACUGUAAAAAUUCUUUUGGUAUUGCGAUUACUCUAAAAGAUAACAGAAAAAUCGUUUAUAGCGGUGAUGCUAUGCCUUCUGAUACUCUUAUAAACGUAGGCAAAAACUGUGAUUUAUUAAUACACGAAGCAACAAUGGAAGACAAACUUAAAGAUAUGGCAACUAUGAAAUAUCACUCGACAACGUCUCAAGCAAUAAAUGUUGGGAAAUCAAUGAAUGCGAAAUUCAUUCUGUUAACUCAUUUCAGUCAGCGAUAUUCGAAAAUUCCCGUAUUUACAACAGAACAAGAUAAUGUUGGGUUGGCUUAUGAUAACAUGGAUAUUAGAUUAUCUCAUUUGCCUCUGUUGCCUCUUUUCUACCCAUGCUUAAAAGUAAUGUUAAGUGAACAUUAUGAAGUGGUAGAAAAAAGAACACAAAAAAAGGAUGCGGUAAUUGCAUAAUGACAUAAUUGAGUGUUACUAUUUCGUUAAUAAUAAAUCUUAAUUUAUUUAAAUA